AUGUUACGACCUGAGCCGAAACCGUUGGAAGGCGAUAUCAGGAUCCCUGGAGAUUUCAACGACAUAGUCGAGGCUCUUGUUACUUGCAAGAACGGGUCGAGUUUCUUCCUUGGAGAAGGGAAAUACCACUGGGAUGAAUUGACUACGCCGAAUGGAACGAGGCGGAUAGGGCACGACUUCAAGAACAAGAACGAUGCUGCCGGUGGAACCAUCUUCAUCGCACACACUCUCCGACUCCGUGGACAUCCGAAGGCUGAGCUCUGGGGACAUCUUGUCUUCGUCUCUGGGUCUUCAGGCAUCUGCAAGUACGUCACGUUGGCAGCAGACUGCCGACAGUCGGACGCAGGACAUCCCUCGGUUUUCAUCUACGGCAGGGCAUGGCAGUUUCACGAGUGCGAAGUUCGUUCUGCUGGAGGUGCAGCCGUUGCACUGGCUGGAACAGGAGGGGCCCACAUGUACGAAUGUGGCAUAGGAGGAGUUGAAUCAUUUCCUACGACUCGGGCUCAGGUCGGCGUGUGGGUGCUUGAGAACUCAAGCUGCUGGCUCCACUCGUGCGCUGUGAGAUCGAACCAUCGCUCUGGGGUCAUUGCAGCGGGUCAAGCAAUGCUGAAAGCGUAUCAGUGCAGCUUUGCUUUCAAUAUGCAACACCUUCAUCUGAUUCAAGCUCAGCAGGUCAAGCUUUAUCGCUGCGAGCUGCACGAUAGCCUGGAUACAAGCUUCAAGAUCGACCAAGACGAGGGUGUUCUGCUCCAUCUAUAUUUCAAUCUCAUCCAGGGGAAGCUGUGGAACUCGAACUCGAGACCAGCAGGGCUGAAGGAGGUUCAGAACAAGUGCUUUCAAGGGAGCUGGAGGGAGGACUUGUCUGUGCUCAACACCCAUAGAAAGUUGCUAGACACAGUGAUGGACGUCAGUGCAAGAAGCCACGAGCGUUCGAGUUUGUAA